AUGACGACGAAGCCACAAAAUAGUAAGCAGGGUUUAGCCGAAGGAGAGAUGGAUGUGAGUUCACUUUUCAAGAGAACGGAAGUUAUUGGGCGAGGGAAAUUUGGUGUGGUUUAUAAGGGCUAUAACGUGAAGACUGGACGAGUGUAUGCUAUCAAAGUCUUAAAUUUAGAUUCUGAUUCUGACGAGGUGGAGGAUGUGCAGCGAGAAAUUCAGUUUUUGGCCUCCUUGAAACAGAUUUCCAAUAUCACGCGGUAUUAUGGGUCGUAUUUGAAAGACACAAGCCUUUGGAUCAUAAUGGAACACUGCGCUGGUGGUUCACUGCGUUCGUUGUUAAGGCCAGGCAAAAUCGAUGAAAAGUACAUUGGGGUUAUUAUGAGAGAACUGCUUGUAGCAUUAAAAUGCAUUCAUAAAGAUAACGUCAUUCAUCGAGAUAUCAAAGCAGCAAACGUUCUGAUCACUAACGAAGGUAAUGUUAAACUAUGCGAUUUUGGUGUCGCUGCACAAGUAAACCAAACUUCUUUACGACGUCAAACUAUGGCUGGGACCCCCUACUGGAUGGCUCCAGAAGUGAUCAUGGAAGGCGUUUAUUACGACACUAAAGUAGAUAUAUGGUCUUUAGGUAUUACAACGUACGAGAUUGCCACCGGAAAUCCGCCAUACUGCGAUGUGGAGGCCCUAAGGGCAAUGCAACUAAUCAUCAAAUCGAAACCACCGAGGCUUGAGGACAGAUCAUACAGUACAUCUUUGAAAGAAUUUAUUGCGCUUUGUCUUGAUGAGGAUCCAAAGGAGAGAUUGUCAGCAGACGAUCUUUUAAAAUCAAAAUUUAUCAGGGCCCACAAGGCGACGCCAACGUCCAUUUUGAAAGAACUAAUAUCACGAUAUCUACUAUUUAGGGACAAGAAUAAAAACAAAUAUAAAAUAGAGGGCAGUAUACCGGAAAAUGAGCCAUCAAAACCCAGUGAAGCUCCAAAACCAUCACAAAAUGGCGGGGGUGAUGAAGCACAAAAGUCAAUAGCAUCAAAUGAUAAUGAAAUUAAGAGAGUGAACGAAGGCGAUGUGGAAAUGAAAUGGGAUUUUGAUUCAUUGAGUUCGUCGGAUUAUAUUAUUGAAAAUAAUAUCAACCUCGAUGCUUUGGCUGAGGACAACAACGAGUGGGCUACUGCCCAACAUGACCUGUUCAACUAUGCAUACCCUGACGAAGAUUCUUAUUACUUUGACCCUACAAGUCAUAAUACUAGACCCUUUGUUUAUCAAGGGACAACGAUAGGAAAGGGCUAUCCUGGUACAAUAGCUCAAAAUUCUACUUUGAAUGCACCAGUAACAAAUAACUAUACGAACUCAAAAUACCCUUCCAAAAUGGUAGCUGGAACUACAAACACCUCUGGAACACAUACGGCCGGUCCAAUGACAUCAUCUAAGAGGCUGGAAAGUAAGGCUCCAAAACAAUUACUUGAACUUUUUGAAGACAAUGAAAUUAUUACUGCUGAAAAUGAUGUCAAUACAGAAGCUCCUAAAAUAAGCAAAUCCAUUUCAUCUCUAAAUGCUGGUAAUAGUUCACGAGAUGAUUUCAUUCCCUCAAUAUCCAACGAGGUCAACGGAAAUAUCAAUAAUAAUAAAAUGCGACCACACCUUCCACCUUUAUCCAGUGGGAACAAUUAUUAUAGCCAGAGUACACCUGCUUUGCCGCUACUCCAAACAAAAUUUAACAAGACGUCAAAGGGCCCUCCAACAAGUGGAUUAACUACUGCUCCAACGUCUAUUGAAAUAGAAAUUCCUGAAGAACUACCGAAUAGUGCUCUACCAACGCCUGCGAGCGCAGAUCCGGUUUUAAUACCAAGCACAAAGGCCAGGUCAUCUACAGUGACGGCUGGCACUCCUUCGUCAUCUAGCUCAAUACAAUAUAAAUCACCUUCAAACGUGCCCAGGCGGUUGACAGUCAGUAACAAUAGGCCAGAACAUUGCCCAAGCACCAUAACAAAUCAAAAAUUGGGGUCCGCAGUUGCUUCUAAUUCCGGAAUCAGCUCCACUCCGAACAACAGUAAUAACUAUAACAACAACACUGAUAGUGAGAACUCAAGAGGAAGCAGCGGUAGUAACACUGCAAAUAGCACACAAAUGGGCAUAACCAAUCCAGGUAAUGUAACAAAGUUAUCUACUCAUAAGGCUUCUUCACCCUCAAGGCCACUAUUUGGAGUUGGAACUUCUCCCAAUAGAAAGCCUGCCGGUUCCCCAACCCAAAACAUUGGUCAUAAUUCUACUCACACGAACCUCGCGCCUCCUCCUACGAUGAAACCAAUGGCCAAUAGCAAAGAUAACAAGGACAUUCUCUUGCAACCUCUGAACAGCAUACCUAGUUCUUCUACACUUAACACUAUUAGUGGUAAUAGCAGCAAUAAUUUAACCUCAUCAAACUACUUUUCCAACGAAAAGGAAGGCUCAAGGGUCAAUGGUGACUUUAAACGCAACAACCCAAACUUAAAACUACAAAUGCCACUACCUACACCUGUUGUGAGAAAUAAACUUCUUGAUCCAAAUACAGCAACCUCACAGAAUAACAAUGGCAUGCCGGGGAGCGCUGGCAUAUCCACGAACGAAAAUAUUAAUCAAUUUGGAUUUAACACAAGCAGUGCGUCCAACAUCCCUGUCUCAAUGACUCCAAUUAGUGAGAAACACAUUGAUUUUGGGGGCAAGAUCAAGAGAAGUCAAAGCAUUUCUAACAGGAAGAACUCUUCUGCCUCGGAACACCCAUUGAAUAUUCUUGGCUCAUCUGUUUCCGGCAAUGUUUCCGGUAUCGGUAACAACAAUGUUGGCUCUAACAACAACAGCGGCCCUAAUAACAGUGUUCCUCUUUCUGCUAAUACAGGAAACACUACUAUCAAAGCCAAUUCUACGACUAUCGCAACUUCAAGUUCUGCCGCGGCAUCAACGACUGCACCAAUUUCACAACAGACUAUUCCAUCCGGAACACAAUUCAAUCAUAUUCUGAGUUCCGCCGCAACAGCUGCAAACUCGGUUAAUUCUUUAGGCUUUGGCAUGUGUCCUCCUCCACAGAGUUUACAAAUGGAAAUGUUCUUGGACUUAGAAUCGUUUCUGCCAGGAAAACAGAGGCGGGUAGACAGGAAACCCCAGGUUCUGAAAGAACUGGAAAAUCUUUUACAAAUGUUCGAAGAAGGUUUGCCCUGCAUUGAACACGCUUUAAAGGAACAACUUAUUUCAACGCCUAUCAAGGAUAAUGAGCAUUAA